CUUGACAUUUCUUGCAAAAACCGUGGCCACUUGAUCAAAAUGAUGGAAUUAUUGUCCACCCCCUCCCUCCCCCUUCGCGCCCAUCACUGUAUCGACCAAACGCAGUUGUCAACGAGCAUUUACACGCGAUCCCGACAUUAUCCCGAAAAUCAAGUAGGCCCUUUUCGCAAAAAUCCUCCAUCUUUGCUAUAUUUUGUCGGCCGUCCAUUUCCCACCGCAUCGAACGAAUCAGAGCAGCGAUCGAUUUUUGCGCGUGUUUCCCAUUGGUCGGUCACGCGUCCAAGCUCCGCCUCUUCCAAUCCAAUGUGGAAAUUUUCGAUUUCGUUCCCCUCCCCCACACAAGUUGCCGGGCAACGGCUGGUGGGUUAAAUAUCGUUUAACUCCUUAAGUAUUUUAUUAAAUAAUCCAGUUAUCUUUGCAACAGAUUGUUGUGUGUUUUGUUUUCUGUAAAAUUGACGCCUACUGGAUGCGGCGGCGAAAAUGACAUGAUUGUGUGACGUAAUUGUUUUGCACUUUCGGGAAAUAUAAAUUUUUGUUUGUUUUUGGUGUUUUUUUUUGUUCUGUUUGGAAUGUGUCAGUGAUUGGAAUUAUGGAAUUUUGGGAUAUGGACGAUCGUAGAGAGAAUAGACAUCGUAGUGGGCCAGGUCGCGGUUCGGACUUUGUCAGCGGCAUCGAUAACGAAGCCCUUGACUUUUCCCAAUUGGAAGACUUCAUAAACAGCGAAGGCUCCCAAAGUACGAACCCUUAUUUCAACGAAUCGCUAAAUUCGACGCCACCUUCAGGUAAACUACUGAAUGUUAUUGUGGAAAACAAGCGAAAUGCGGGCCAUUCUUUGCCCGAAAGCCCUCCUGAUAGCAGUUCAGAGCACCCUUAUAGCCCCCAAGAGGGUUGCGAGCCACUUAACCCCUCUGAGAAUAUUUACACCACUUUGGGGCCAAAUAUCUACAAACCAGUUAUUGGCCCCAUGUUGGGCGACAAUUUAAUUUUGGGCUCACACAUCGUAGUAGCCGAGCAAAAUGGGAUCAUGCAAGAUACGGGAUUGAUGAUCCCUGAGGAUUCGAAUCAGAAUUUUACAGAUAGAGGGAUAUAUAAAGGGGAUGAGAAUUUGGUACAUUUGGGCUAUACCCCGGCUAUUGAAAAUAACUUGUGUGAACCGAAUUUGGAUAACAUACAAACGGUUUAUACGAAUUUACAAAGUGCCCCCAAAAAACGAAAAUUAUCGCAAGAUUCGCCUUUGGUCAAAAGUGAGCCGGAAAAUUGCACGACGAGUCAAUUGAGCCCUCCUGGGCCUCUUUCCACACCGUUGGAUGAAGAGUACGCAUCUUCUGAAGCUUGCCUUUCUGAAUCUCAAUAUCAAUGUAUUAGAUUUAGCCCUUUUCAACAGCCACAAUGGCACGCACUCUGCGAUCAAAGUUUGACCGAAUUGCCGGUACCACAUUAUCGAGUUGAUGCCGAUAAAGGCUUCAAUUUUUCAAACGCCGACGAUGCCUUUGUAUGCCAGAAAAAGAACCAUUUCCAGAUAACUUGCCACGUCCAAUUAUUGGGUGACGCACAAUUUGUUAAAACUCCCGACGGUUUCCAAAAGAUCUCAAGCUUCCAUCUACACUUUUACGGUGUUAAACAUGACUGUCCGACUCAAACGAUACGAGUUGAGCAAAGUCAAAGUGAUAGAAGCAAAAAACCAUUUCAUCCCGUUUUGGUCGAACUUGUGAAUUCACAAGUAACAAAGGUCACAGUAGGCCGAUUACAUUUCAGUGAAACAACGUCGAAUAACAUGCGAAAAAAGGGUAAACCGAAUCCUGAACAGCGAUAUUUUCAGUUGGUUGUAGGUCUACAUGCACAUACUACAAAUGGUAAUUUUCCGGUUAUAAGUCACGCGAGUCAAAAAAUAAUUGUGAGGGCUUCAAAUCCUGGCCAAUUUGAAAGUGACGUUGAAUUGUGUUGGCAAAAAGGCCAGACGCAAGAGGACUCAAUUUUUCAUAAUGGGAAAGUUGGUAUUAAUACGGACAGACCGGACGAAUCAUUGGUCGUCCAUGGUAAUAUUAAAGUAACUGGACAUAUUAUACAACCAAGUGACAUAAGGGCGAAGAAAAAUAUCGUCGAAUGUGACACGGCUGAGCAGCUACGAAACGUCCAAAAACUCAGAGUUGUUAGGUAUGACUACGAACCGUCGUUUGCAUCUCAGUUAAGUCGUGAUUCACAACACUCGGAUACCGGUGUGAUAGCUCAGGAAGUGGCUAAAAUCCUCCCGGAAGCGGUCAGACCGGCUGGUGACCUUGUCUUAAAGAAUGGUCAAUCCAUUGAUAAUUUUUUGGUAGUCAACAAGGAGCGCAUUUUUAUGGAAAAUAUCGGUGCUGUUAAGGAAUUAUGUAAAGUGACUGAUAAUUUGGAGACUCGAAUCGAUCAAUUAGAACGAAUCAAUCGCCGAUUGAAUAAAUUGAAACGUGGUGAUAGUCUCAAAUCGACUAGUACAGUGAGUAGCUUGAAACAUUCCAAUUCAAUGCAAAAAUGUUCCAAACAUCAUUGUGACCGUGACGACGAACUCUGUUCGAAUAAAUUUAUUCAAAUAAUUAUCGUCAUUCUGGUUCUUAUAAUGGCAUUUUGUUUGGCCGCUAUAACAACCUUGUACCUGAUGGAAGCCUCACGACACAACCAAUUCGUCCGAACUAACCUCCAACAAACCCAUCGGUCGUCCAUAGUAACCAAACGACAAAUGAAAGUGCCGAAAAACCAUCAAUCACGACACACCGAAUACCACAAAACAAGUAACAAUAAUUACAAAGACGAUGACGUCACACGUAUCACCAUAGAUCCGAGUUUAACGAAACGGCCUUCGGCUAUCAUCGGCCGACCACCCGAUUGUCUAUCGGUUGAUCAAGACCUUGAAAGUAGCCAUCUUUGUCAGAUUUAUUGUUGCGCAGCAACACAACCACCGGUAAUUCCCCCACCGGAAUCGCCCAAUUCAAUUUAUGGCGAUAAAUCAACGAAUCGUACAGUCCUAAAUCUAGAACAAGCGAAAUUAGCCACGCCAUUUCACUCGACAACCAAUGAGAUUGACAAACGACAAAAACGAGACGCUUAUGAUUUGACAGGCGAGAUAAGUUCGUUUGACAUGCCAGAUGACCAGAUUUUCUUGAUUAUUGUUCAAGGUCGUAACUUUAACACGACCUUGACGCAUAAAUAUCUAAUAGCUCAGCCUGAGCCGCAUAAUUAUUCCUAUUCCGUUCCUAUUUCGAAAUAUAUGCCCGACGAGUUCAUUAAUCUCAUAUUCAGAUCAACUCAAGAAUCGAUCAAGGAGGUCGAGUAUUGCAAUAAUAACUAUAAGGAACGUGGAUGUGCCUUUGAGAAGCCGCAAACAAGACAUAAAGUCAAUGAGCACAGUCCGAGUCAGUUGAUUAGUACACAAAGUGUCAUUUUUGAGGUCAAUAUGGCCGAUUUUCAGUCGAAAAUUAUGACGUACCGAGCGUCGAGUCGAGCCAAUCAGAAUACGUGUAAAUUGAGCAACUUGGAUGAAUUUAUCGAAUAUAAUUUCCAUUUCUACCGGCACUGUGAUGAAUAAACGAUACGUACUACUCAAAAAAAGGAAACUAAGAACAAGAAAUGCAUGACAUUUAUUUAUUUACGUGUUUUUUUUUAAAUAUUAUAUUUUUUUAAUUGUUUUAUCAAAGUGUUCGAUGUUACUACAGCAUCACCUAGUUGUAGAAGUACCUGUAUCUGAAAGAUUUGAACACUUUUCUAGUUAGUGUAAAAUGAAAAAGCACCAAAAAAAUAUUGUAGCGUUUUUAGAUUAUGACUCAUAUAAUGUACUUAAUUUUCUCGUCCGUCCAAUAAAUUGUAUAAUGUGUAGAUUAGACUUUUAUCGUAUUGUAAAAUAUUUUUCUUGUUUGACAAAUUUUUAUUAUUUUAUAGAAUUAAAAAUAUAAAUGAACAAAUACUAGUUUUAGCGUAAAUAUCAUGUAUUAUUGCAA